AUGGUGGGGUUAUGCCCAAAUCUUAGUAAAUCGACGGGAACUGUCAGGCAUCAUUCCCCUCCUUUACGCCUCAAAUGGGGGAAACUACAGCACUGUGAGUCUGUUGCACACGGGACUCACCGAUCCAUCGAACCGAGCGUGAAAGUCGUGGAAGAGGCUAGUGGGUACAACAGCAACGACGUAAAGAGGACGAAGUUACAGGCAACACUCACCUCUCUCCUUGAUGAUCCUGUACUUGCCGACGUUCCGAAGAAGCCCACCUUAUCAGAUGUUGAGACCCUCAUCAGCCUCGAAUUAGGUAGCGCGAUGCGCAUCUCCGUCCUCAAAUUGGACGGAACCUCCUUUGAUGUGGUGGUGAUGAAUUCGGCUAACGUUAAGGAUUUGAAGCUUGCCGUCAAGAAGAAAGUCAAGAAGAAAGUCAACGAAAUGGAACAAUCUAAGAUGGGCCAUCGCCAAAUUUCAUGGAAACAUGUGUGGGCAAAUUAUUGUCUAUCAUACCAUAAUCAAAAGCUGAUUGAUGACAACUCUGCACUUCAGGAUUUGGGCAUCCGCAACCAUUCUCAGGUGCAAUUCCUCCCCUAUGUUGCGACAAAGGAAUCUAGAAGGCAUUCUAAGAGAAGGAGAAAGCACCGUUUCUUUCAUGGCCUUAAUAAGCGUGGGUGAAGACUGUUAUAUUACUUUAUCUCAUAUAGCUUUCUAGUUGUUUGGAAACUGGUACCUUUUUUUUUUUCACACUUCCUUAUUGGUUUGAUUUACUAGCAAUCUAGCAUAUUGUCCCAGAAUAAUCCAUUGAAGUUAAAGGAAUUUUCUUAGACCUUUCACAA